AUGGCUGUAAUAACAAAAGAGGAAAAUAAUGGCUUCAGAAUGCUGAAAGCUUUGAGUGAGUGUGGGAGACGAGUGUUGCAUCAGACGUUCCGCUGGGGAACACCAGAUAAACCUGCUACUACAACACUUGAUCAUUACUUAAACAACUUGAGACAAACAUCAUCUGCUAAUUACUUAAAACUCAAAAGUAAAGAUCGAAAGUUUGACAAAACACAAAAGAAACUGAUAAGUAGAAGUUCAAAUGGAAGAAAGUUUGAUGUUCCACUACUGUGUAGGAGCAUUAAACUUGCUUGUGAGAAUGUUGCUCCUCUCAGUGAUCCAAUAUGGAUCACUGCCAGUACACAAAUGGAGUACUACGUCACUGCCAUAAACAACAUGAGGAACGAUGCUGUUCACGGUCCACUUGCAGUUACUGAUGAAGAUUAUUAUGAAAAUAUGAGAAAGCUUCGUGAGUUGUUAACUGGUUGUGUUAAGACGUCUGGAGAGAGGUAUGGGAGAGACCAGGAUGAUGUUAACAAGGAGAUCCAGCAGAUGAAUGAUGACCUGGACUACAUCAUGGAUGAGAUUCUCGGUGAGGAAGAUAUAAUGAAGUAUUGUAUUGAUGACAUAAAACAGAUUAUCAUUAAAGACAGUUGUGUUACGCUGAAGAAGAUCUUACAACAAAUAACUUAUAUUAACCCAGUAUCUUUUAUCACUGACAACUUUCAACUUGAAGUAGACAAAAUUUUUGUCGAUAUUGAAGUUAAACAAGGAAGACGUAGAGCUUCUGGCUCACAACAACAAGGUUCCUCUGGACGGCCGCAAAUACUGUUGCUUGAAGGUGUUGCAGGCAGUGGCAAGACCACUCUAGUGAAGCUAAUAACUGACCAAUGGAUACAAGGUGGUCAAGGUAACAUCAAGGACUUAGAUAAUUAUGAUCUCUUACUGUGGGUACAGUGUAGGGACCCGACUAUCAACUCCAACCAUCAUCUUCUACACCGACUAUUACCAGAUGUUUCAGCAAAAUUCAGAAACAUUCUGCCUAAAAUACUCAAGCUUUGUAAGGUAAUAAUAAUAGUUGAUGGUCUGGAUGAACUCAAUAACAACUCCAGAACACUAGUCAAAAGUCUUUUACUGGAAUUCCAAAACUCUGUUAACACAAUUUUUAUCUGCACCUCAAGACCUGAAGCAGUUGAAAUGUUCAGCUUAACGAUCCCUGAAGAUUAUCAUGUAACUAAUGCUGAACUACGAGGCAUAAAGGAGGAACAUAUGAAAGACUUUGUGCGUCGGACUCACCAGGAGAUAAUUAAGCUGACCAACAGUAACACAAACACUGUUGAACUAGUAAAUAAGGUGAUGAAUGUUACAGGUCUUCACCAACACUUACGUCUACCAAUGAAUUUAACAUUUAUUGUUUACAUCUUGGACCAGGAACCUGAUGAGUUAAACAUAAGAACAAUAACACAAACGCAACUCUAUCAUAAAAUACAUCAUAUGUGUCAAAGUAAGUUAUUAGAGAGAUUAACGAACUGUUCAAAGAUCAAGGUGAUGAAUGAAAGUACUCUACAGAACAGUGUUGAAGAAAUAUUGAAGAUAAUAUACGCGACAUCACUAGAGAGUCUGUCACGUGACCAGUUGAGUCUUGAAGAAGAGACUGCAGAAGAACUAAUAUCUGUUUGUAACAAACAUGAUAUACCUUACCAUGAGAUGCUGUCUGCUUUUUUGAGUUUGAAGCCAAUAUGGACUUGGCAAGGCAUCGAGGAGCGCUACUCUGCACCACACAAGGGAAUCCAAGACUACUUCAGUGCUCUGCAUAUUGUGAUGACACUCAAGUACCAGCUGGAGUCUUCACCACUCCCUGUCUUGUACACUCAACACCCAGCACCACCUGUAUCUUCCCAACCACCUGUGAUAACUGUAUCACCAUCACCACCUGUGUCUUCCCAACCAUCUGUGAUAACUGUACCACCAUCACCAACACCACCUGUGUCUUCCCAACCAUCUGUGACAACUAUGUCACCAACACUAACUAUGACGUCUCCACCACCUGUAACAAGUAUGUCACUAUCACCAACACCAGCUGUGACUUCUCCACCACCUGUGAAAAUUAUGUCACCAUCUCGUACUCAAUCUCCAUAUUCACCGGUUACAGCUUCACCAUCCUCACCUUCACCAGCACGACCUACACCCACCUUACUUACACCUUCACAACCUACACCCACCUUACUUAUACCAGCAUCACCUAUACCAGCACCACCUACACUAGCAUCACCUACACCUGCUUCACCUAUAACCUGCACACCUGACAGUAUCAGGGGAAUGUUAGAAGAGAGCGUCAUGUCAGCUACACCUGCCUCAGCUACACCUGACACACCUGUCAGUAUCAGGGGAAUGUUGAAACAAAGCAUCAGGUCAGGUGUGGUAGACAUGAACAAGUACCAGAAUGUUCUGAUACAUGUGGCUGGGCUGCUGUACCUGGUACUAGGCCAGGUACCUGAAACACCUGGACGGGAAGUGGUUCAUCUCCUACAAGAGUCUGGUAUGAGACACAACAAUCAGUGGCUCGACCUCCUUGACAACACUAACAUGUCUCCAGUUACUGUCAAAGAAAUAUCUCGCUUCUACAAUACUGAAGAAACAAUUGACGUAAGUGAUGGACGUCUGAGAAGCUACGCUGCUCUCCUGCCACACCUCAGCUCCUGCAAGGUGAGGAUUACUAUCCAUGGUGACCUUGGUGACCUGCCUGACCUGCCUGACCUGUUGGCUGCCCUCACCCACCACCACUGUACACACCUGGCACUGUGGUACCACUACCAUCAUGCUGACAGAGGCACCACUUCUGACAACCAGCUGCAACGUCUACAACCUCGGAGUUACCUGGAAGGGUUCAUUGGUAGUCUUACUGGUGGAGGACUGAGGCUCCUACAACAGUGUCACAAGCUGAGGACCCUCUACCUGGCUGUGGUGGGUGACCACCUGUCUGGCUGUCUCCUGCCACAACUACACCACAUUGUCACCUCCACACUACAUCAACUUGACUACCUCAGAUUCAGAGUGUCACCAGCAGCAGUGUCAGCAGCAGCCCUGACGUCACUACCCAGCACACAGGACGUGGUGAAGCUGGAGCUGACAUAUGUGACUGAUGAUAUAGCGAGUCAUGCCUGUGACCUGGCCCAGGAGCUACAACCACCAGGAGGGUACCGGGAGAUCAAAUACUGGAGCAGCACGUUAACAGUAGUGGGCAUCCAAGACAUCAUCCGUCACCUGCAUCACCACAGUGUUAUGAUGAAGGAUGUGUUACAAGUACAGACCAGCGCCAGCAUCACACGACACCAGCGGCACCAGCUGGUCACCCUGGCUAAGACAACACUCAGCUGUGACUUAGACAUAAUUGGUGGAAACGUUGAGCGAGAUGAAUCAGAUGAAUCAGAUGAACCAGAUGAAUCAGAUGAACCAUAA